UAAAACAGGCAGUGGGGAGAGAUAAAGCAGCAAGCGAGCAAGGGAGGGAGCGUGGUUGAUGGAGGCACAGGGUGCCCGGCUGGAGGAAUGUCAUGGCUUCACUUGUGAUUGGCUGGGGAAUGGAGGAGUCAGUUUUCACGGGGGCUGAUCAAAAAGUUCCCUUUUGCUUUCCAAAGUUGCUGUCUGAGCAGAGGAACCGGGAAGAGGAGGCUAGUCGCUCUCACAUUCCUCAGAAAAGCGUCUUCAAUGAAAUGAGAAGGCUUCUCUGCCCAGGGAUAUACGGCCAAGAACAGCCGCCCAGAAGUUGUUUUCCUUCUUUUCUCCCCCAACUCCUCCUGGAGUUGAACAGCUCUCAUUUCUGGCAUGCGUCUCAUCUCUCAGGAUACUAUGUCACAGUAUUCUACUAACUUUCUCUUGCUCCCCAUACCAGAGUAUCCUGUGUUAGACUGCGCACCCAACAAAAUCAUCAAGCUCGUGGUACUUGGUGGCAGCAGCGUUGGCAAGACAGCCCUGGUUGUGCGCUUCCUCACAAAGAGAUUUAUUGGAGACUAUGAAGCCAAUACUGGUGCUUUGUACUCAAGAAAGUUCACCAUAGAUGGGGAACAGAUCUCUCUACAGGUGCAGGAUACUCCCUUUGUUUCAUUGGAGGAUGACACUGACAGCAUAUGCUGCCAAGAGCAGAUAAACCGUUCGAUCUACUGGGCAGAUGGCUUCGUUUUUGUUUACUCCAUCACAGACUACGAGAGCUACCGAGUCAUCCGGCCCCUGCACCAGCACAUCCGCAAGAUUCACCCCAAUGCCAACAUCCCCCUGCUGCUGAUGGCAAACAAAGGAGACCUUCUGCGAGCCAGGCAGGUGGCCUCCAAAGAGGGACUCCAACUGGCCAGUGAACUGGGAGGUAGUUACUAUGAAGUGUCAGCUCGGGAGAACUGUGAGGGAGUGCAUGAAGCCUUCCAGCAGCUCUGCCAGGAGGUCAGCAGGAUGAUCGGGAGCUGCAAUGGUGAGAAACGCCGAGGCCUCCACCUCGUCCGGCCCAAGUCUCCAAACAUGCAGGAUUUAAAGAGACGUUUGAAACAGGCUCUGACGUCCAAAGGGAAAUCUGCCACUACACUUUGAUGUAGCCAACAGGAAUUGUUUUCCACAGCCCUAUAAAAGAAAAAAGGGGAAGAAGAUAAGCUGGUAAUAAGGGGCAAUGCUGAAAUUCAGCAGUCAGGUUGUGGGAAGGGCUCUUUCAUUUUGCCUUUACAUCUUCCUUAAAAGCCCUAUGCUCCUUCAGCAAAGGAACAAACAGAAUUUGCUUUUGGAGGCAAGAAUUUCAAUUGUCCCAAAUUAUUUCCAUGUUGAAAGGGACAUGAUCAAAUAGUUUAGGCUUAAAAUGUGGAUUUUAUGAAUAAAAAUUAUUAAAUCCUACUUUUAAGAGAAAGUUACCCAUCUUAGGGAUGGUUGUAUUCCCACACAUCGGCAGUAAGCUUCAGCAAGACAUGAGGAGAGUGACAUGAGCUAUACAGAGCAAGCAAAGUUUAUCAGAUUUGCUUAGUCACAAGACUGGAAAAUAAAGGCAAAAAGUAAAUGAAGAGUAUAAAUAGUGGAAAAGAGUAAUUUAAAGCUUCUACACUGCUGUUUAGAAAGUGUUCUUAGCAACUUGGGAAAAGAUCUGUUCAUAUUCAAGCUUUGGCCCUAAAGUGUUGUUUUAAAGGGAGAUUGUUUUAUAAAAUCACAGUUUUUUCAGGUUAUUUUUCUUUCAGCACAUAGUGACUGUUUAUGAAAGUGUUUUUAUGAGUGAAAUACAUACUUGUAGCAGCAUUUUGUAGUCACUUUCUCAGUGGUGUUCUCAUUUUCCUGUGGGUUUCCUACAUGGCAAUAUGAGAGAGACAAAUAGAGCAGCAUGGUUUAAAAGUUGCCAAAAAAAUGGACCCUAUUAAUCAAAAGCAAGGAGGCAACCUACAGGUUUGGGUUUUUUUCCUCCAAACUAGUUACAUUUCAAGUGCAAGAUGCUGUUCUAAAGAAACAAGACAUACAUAAAUACAUAAAGUGCAUUUAAUUCAUUAGAUAUUUCUUAAGAAGGAAAGGUUUUAUGAUGCUUGAAAUCUCUAUCUUUGGGAAUGGAUCAUUUUGUUAUUUGCUUUAAGACCAGACUUGGCUCGAUACCUCACAACGCAUCCAAAUCACCAGCCUAUCAAUACAUAUUUCCCUGGCAGCAUCUCACUGCAUUGCGUCUCAGCACAUACAAAGGGAUUUGAAGCUGUAUUUAAAGCUCAAUGAUUUACACUCAGGAACCCAGAGGGAAAACCUUAGUUUGAUGGAUCUAGAAAAAUACUCCCAGCUGCAUUUCCAGCUGGCAAUACUGAGCUAAAUCAACCUUUUUUUACUUAUUAUGAGCUGCAUAAAAUGUAAAUUGAGUCUGAUGUGUAUUUAUAUAUUUCAGGGCUUGAAAAUGUAUUUAAUAAUUUUUUCUUGUCCCUGUAUGAGACAACUCUAGUCAUGAUUUUCCCAAUCACCUGGAUUUGCUUUCUCUACAGCUCACUUUCUGUUUUAUUUAUUGUUUUGCACAGCUGGUCAUCUGAGAAUGUCUUGUGUUCUGAAUCAUUUCAAAUUCUUGUAUUCCCUUUCCCUAGUAAGGAAAGUUAGAUCAUCUGAACAGGGACUCAAACAUCAGAGGAUUUCUACUUUAGCUUAUGUUUAAUUAACAGUUUUAUGUUUGAGCAGUGUCAUUAUUCCUUGAGGCACUUUGGUAUGGAAGUUCAAAUUACUAAUAGCAGAGCUCAAACAUCGAAUCUAAAGGUUCAAUAACAUGAAACAGAGCAAAAAGUUUGUGAGAGACACAUAAGUAGAAAAUUGUUUAUAUUGGAAAAAUGACCACCAAUUUGGAAUGGCAACUAAAUAUUUGACUAUCCCAGUAGUGUAUAACAAAGACUAAAUUUGCUGAAGACAAUUUGGUGACAUUUGUUCUCAUAAGAGCCUAAAAGAUGCUCUAGCUCGUAAAGUUGUUUGUAACUUGCUCUUUCAGUUCUUUCCUGUUGGGAAAGAACAUUUCAACAAAUUUCAACCUCUCAAUGUUUUACUUUCAACAGUGAUUAAUAAAAACAUGAAAGGCCU